UUUAUCUAGAAACUUCCAAGACUGAGAGGGGUUUAGAGAUCUUAUGCUUGUUGUCGAAAUGUUGAUCUUUCUUCAAAAAUGGGUGGAUAUAAAACCUCUAAAAUCUGUCUCUCUACUCUACAUUCUUCAGAUGUCUAAAGUAUGAAUUGAGGGUGUCAGAAGGACCUUCAAGUGUGUGGCUAAUCAGGAUUAAUUUUCAAAAUAAUCCCUACUUUCAAACCUCUGGCCAUGAAGUUACUUUCAAAAGAAGGUGUAUGCCAAAACUCUGGUUUCCCCUUGGAACUAGCAGUGAGAUUCCCCUUAGUAUGUUCUUGAGGAAGUCGCUUUUUUAGCAAAUGUUGGUAAGAAAGAAGUUUGAGCAACGUUCCUAUGUUCAGAAUUGACAAAGAUAAGCUAAUUUUGCAGGCCUGUGAGUAUAAAUAAGCAACACAUUUUGUAGCUUGGCUCUUGGUAUCGAAAUUAUGUGUUAAAGCGAUACCUUAAAUUACAAAAAGCGACGGCAACUGCUUAAUUUGUAGUAAAAUCUGUGCAGAAGUUUACAGAAAAAUUAUUCAUCCCUAAAAUCUUCCUUUAGUAUUGACUUUGGACCGAUGAGUCUGUCCUCGAACUCAAAGCUGCUAAUUUUGGGAUCAUUUUGAAUAAGAAAUUGGAUGAAUUUAUAUAUCAAAAAGUGCCUCCAUA